UGGAGGUUAGUGUAGACUGACGCUGCGCGGGGCAAUGGGGAGGUUUGGAGUGAUCGGUGCUGGCGAGAGGCUGGAUGCCAAGCCUGGGGAAGCUACCGCUAGUGAAUCCGAGGCGCUCAAGGAGCCUUUUCUUGUGAUCGAUGCCGGGGAUGCGAAUUCCGAGGAUGCUGCUCUAGCUGAAGCUUCCACUGAGCGUGAAAUCGGCGGCGGAGAUCGUCCGAAGGAGAGGCUGGCGUCGCUCGAUGUGUUUCGGGGAUUAAGCAUUGCGAUGAUGAUUUUGGUCGACAAUGCAGGGGGCGAGUGGCCAGCGAUCAAUCAUUCGCCGUGGAAUGGAGUCACUCUAGCUGAUCUCGUCAUGCCAUUUUUCCUCUUCAUCGUUGGAGUGGCUCUGGCUCUGGUCUAUAAGAAAAUUCCCAGCAAGCUUGACUCCACCAGGAAGGCCAUACUUCGCUCGCUAAAGCUGUUCUUCUUGGGUGUUUUCCUACAAGGUGGCUACUUCCAUGGAGAAAACGAUUUGAGCUAUGGAGUAGACUUGACGCUCAUUAGAUGGUGCGGAAUUCUCCAGAGAAUUGCAUUUGUUUACUUGGUCGUUGCGUUGUGUGAGGUCUGGUUACCAAGAGUGCAAGGAUCAUACUUUGGGUUUAUGCAAAACUACCUCUUUCACUGGAUCUUCGUCGUCGUGACACUGACAGUUUAUCUAUCACUUUUGUAUGGACUUAAAGUUCCUGACUGGCAAUUCGAGCUACCAAAUAAUAGAAACAUAACAAUGACUGUGACUUGCGGUACCAGAAGUAAUCUUGAUCCUCCCUGCAACGCUGUUGGCUACGUAGAUCGACAAAUAUUAGGAGUUAAUCAUCUUGACCAGCGACCUGUUUUUAUACGUACCGAGUCUUGUAGCAUAAAUUCUCCUGACUAUGGACCCCUUCCUGCGGAUGCUCCUGUGUGGUGUCACGCGCCAUUUGAUCCAGAAGGAAUCCUAAGCUCUGUAUCAGCAAUAGUAACAUGCUUUAUUGGUCUGCACUAUGGCCAUUUUAUCGUCCAAUGCAAGGUACUUGUCAUCCGCCCUUGGUUUUAUAUUCUUGCUGAUGCCUGGGAAUGGAUGUUUCAGGAGCACAAACAAAGGAUUAUAAACUUCAUCGUCCCAGCAUUCAUACUUUUGGCUCUUGGCUAUGUCUUGCAUCUGCUUGGGAUUAAGAUGAACAAGCCGCUCUACAGCUUCAGCUACAUGUGCUUCACUGCCGGUGCCGCUGGAGCCGUUUUUUGCUUACUUUACAUCCUCGUCGACGUUUAUGACAUCCGGUAUCCAACUUUGCUGCUGGAAUGGAUGGGAAUGAACUCGCUGAUCAUCUACACGCUUGCAGCAACCGAUGUUCUCGUGGAUUUCAUCCAAGGAUUCUACUGGAAGCAGCCGCAAAAAAAUCUGGUGACAUUUACGCGAGAGCACGUAUUUUUCGCGAUGAUUCCAUCGCAAAGAUGGGCCAUGCUUGUGUACGUUUUGUUUGGCAUCUGUUGCUGGUGCGUGAUCGCUGGAGCUCUCAAAGCCAAGGGAAUAUUCUGGAAGUUUUAAGAGUUUAAAGAAUUUCUAGUCUAGGGUAUCGAACUUGAAACCUCGUACGUCCUGGGAUUCGAACUGGAGAUCCUACACGUCCCGGGAUUCGAACUUUAGACCUUGGCAGUCCCAGGAUUCGAACUUGUCCCAUUUGAGAAAAAUUUCUAUA